UAUAAUAUGCACGUUUUCUUUGGGAUUUUAGCUUUAGGAGGAGUAAAUAAAAUUAAAAAAAAAAACAGAUUAAGUAAGGCGUUUUGAAGCCGAUGUUUGUUUAGUGGCAAUAGAAUAAUAUAAAUGGCGUGAAACCGGUUGUAAGCGUCGGCGAACGCAGACACAGACGUCCUGAAUGUACAGUCCUCGUUGCAUAUUAACACGUGUUUUCACCGGCCGAAGGCUGUUCUAUGAAAAUGAGGAAGCCUGAUGCAACCCUUGUGCGUUAUUGCCAGCCGCGAAUGCGCACGCGCAAAACAUCCGCUGGACGUCACCUCAUGAAGGUCUGAACCGGUCUAUAAAUUAACUUAAACAGCUCCAUCCAAUCAGUACGUUUUUGACACCAGGUGGUCAGUGCGUCUCCGGCAAAAUGAACUCCUAUGUUGCGAUUUGGUGCCUCCUAGCUUUAACCGCGUCCACCAAGGCCGACGGUUCGUGGGGUGGUCUCGUGUAUGCACCAGGACACGCAUCAGUCGAUUAUUACGCGUAUCCUAGAUAUGCCUUUGAAUACUCCGUGAAGGACCCCCACACCGGAGACAAUAAGGCGCAGUGGGAGAAACGUGAUGGAGAUACUGUUCGAGGAGCUUACUCGCUGGUGGAACCGGGCGGCAGCAUCCGCGUCGUGGAAUAUUGGGCUGACGACAAGUCAGGUUUCAAUGCCGUCGUGAAGAGGCUCGGUCCGAAAGUACACCCGGUGGCAGUGCCGGCAGCGCCAAUCUACAAGGCGCCGAUACCGAUGCUGAGCCCGGCGCCGAUCGCACCAAUAGUUCCGAUCUCCGUUGGUUCAGUUGCGAAAUUCGGCGGCCUCGCCAACGCUCCACUAAUAGGCGGACCGCUGUACGGUGGAGCGCUGUCAACCGCAUCAGUAUACAAGGGUCCUGCGGUCUCGAUUCCUACUCCGAUCCUGCCUGCGCCAAUCAUCAAGGCGCCGUUGCCGAUAGCGCCAGCACCAAUCCUGCCCGCGCCUAUUCUUCCAGCACCGAUCAUUAAGGCUGACAUCGGACACUACCCAGGACCCAUGCUAUCCGGACACAACUCUGGACACAUCCUCCCCGCCCCGCUGCCAGUUCUUAAAGGACCUAUCGGUUAUCCUCUCGCACCUAUCGCUCCAUGGGGAGAUGGAUUGAUCAAAGGUCACAUGGCCGGACCUGCGUACUUGGAUGACUUAGGGUACGGUCUACUCUCAAAAGGCUCCGCACUGCCGGCGUGGGGCCCUUUGAGUUAUGGCCUAGGACUUAAACACUGAAAGAACUGACGCCUGCCAUAACGUAUUAAUACUUGCCGCUGCCCAUUAAUGUAAUACCGCCAUGCCCUUCCAAAGCCGACAGAUGACCUUAACAAACGAGAGUUACGAAGACUUACGUGUAAAUUAUUUUAAUUUAUAUAAGAACGUAAUUGUUAAGUUAAAAAUGCACUAAUAAAGCAUAUUUGUUUA